AUGAUAAUGUUUUUAAUAAAAUCAAAUAAUGCACUUUCUUUUUCUUUGUGUGAUACUUGAUUUGAUAAACAAUAAGUACAGUUAGGGAUGUCAACGGAGCCCCGCGGGGCCGGGGACCCCUUUCCCAUCCCCGUCCCCGUGAGUCACGGGGAUGGGGAUCCCCACAGGGAUUUUUUACGAAGGGCAGAUUUUGCCCCCCGUCCCCGUUCCCUGCGGGGAACGGCAGCAGAUGGAUCCGGUCCGGCAGCAGGCCAGCGGCAGCAGAUGGAUCCAGUCCGACAGCAGGCCAGCGGCAGAGCAGAUGGAUCCGGUCCGGCAGCAAAGCAGAUGGAUCCGGUCCGGCAGCAGGCCAGCGACAGAGCAGAUUCAUACAAGCAACGAAUCACUGAAUAUCAUUCACUUUUAGCAAAUUCAUACAAGUUUAAGCACCAAACAUCAGGAAAUUGCAUAAUAUGAAACAAAAACACCCAAGGCGGAAAUCUUGGAGAAAGGCAGAUCCAGAUCUGAAGGAGGGAUCCCACGAUCGGAGAAAAUGGAGAAAGGGGGUUCUGGAUGGGAGAAGAAUCAGGUGAUGAUUGAUGACCGGUGAUGUAGGUGGAAGCUAUUGAUCGGAGGAAAAUUUGGAGAAAGGGGUUUGGAUGGGAGAAGAAGAAUCCAGCUUUUUUUUUUUUUUUU